AUGGACUCCCUCUCCCUGUACGAGAUCUCCUGCUUCGCCGCUGGGUUUGCCGGCAACCUCUUCGCCUUCGCUCUCUUCCUCUCCCCAGUGCCGACCUUCAAGAGGAUCCUCAAGGCCAAGUCCACGGAGCAGUUCGACGGGCUCCCCUACUUGCUCUCCCUGCUCAACUGCUUCAUCUGCCUCUGGUAUGGGCUCCCCUGGGUCUCCGACGGCCGGCUGCUCGUCGCCACCGUCAACGGCACCGGCGCCGCGUUCCAGCUCGCCUACAUUUCUCUCUUCUUCAUCUACGCCGACAGCAGAAAGACCAGGCUGAGGAUGGUAGGGCUCCUGGUUCUCCUGGUCUGCGCGUUCGCCCUCGUCGCGCACGCGAGCAUCGCCUUCUUCGACCAGCCGACUCGGCAGCAGUUCGUCGGCGCCGUGAGCAUGGCGUCGCUCAUCUCCAUGUUUGCUUCCCCACUAGCCGUCAUGGGCGUGGUGAUCAGGACGGAGUGCGUGGAGUUCAUGCCCUUCUACCUCUCGCUCUCUACGCUGCUCAUGAGCGCCUCUUUCGCGGUAUACGGACUGCUGCUGCGUGAUCUCUUCAUCUACCUGCCCAACGGGCUUGGAGUUGUCCUGGGAGCAACGCAGUUGGCACUCUACGCUUACUACAGCAGGAAAUGGAGAUGCAAGGAUUCAUCUGCGCCGUUGCUUGCCUGA